AUGGCUUCCCAACAAAACACCGUCCAGGUCGUUAUCGACUCCCUCAAAGCCGCAGGCGUCACCAUCGUGUUUGGAGACAGCGUCUUCAACGCCCUCGUCGACCACCCCGAGAUCAAGGUGGUGGUCUGCCGCCAUGAGCAAAACGCCGCCUUCAUCGCCGGCGCCGUCGGCAAGCUGACGGACCGGCCCGGCGUGGUCAUCGUCACGUCCGGGCCCGGCACCAGCAACCUGGUCACGGGCCUCGUCACCGCCACCGACGAGGGCAGCCCCGUCGUCGCCAUCGCCGGCAGCGUCAGGCGCGUCCAGUCGGCCCGCCGCACCCACCAGAGCCUGCAGGGCGUCGAGCUGCUGCGGCCGGUAACCAAGAAGGUCGUCGCCGCCCUCGUCGAGGACCAGGUCGCCGAGCUCGUCGCCGACGCCUUCCGCGUGGCCGCCACCUUCCCCCGCGGCGCCACCGCCGUGAGCCUGCCCAUCGACAUCAUGUCCUCGACGUCCCUGACCGCCUUUCCGGCCCUGCCCGCCUCCACCUUUCGCCCUCCCCAGCUGGGGCCGGCCCCCAACGCCCUGCUGGCCAGGACGGUCGAGAUGCUGGGUCGGGCAAAGUUCCCCGUCUUGUUCCUGGGCAUGCGCGCCUCGAGCGCCCGCGUGGUCGAGGCAGUGCACGCCUUGCUCCGGCAGCACCCCAUCCCCGUCAUCGAGACCUUCCAGGCCGCGGGCGCCAUCUCGCGCGAGCUGGCGCACCUCUUCUACGGCCGCGUCGGCCUGUUCCGCAACCAGGCCGGCGACCGCCUGCUCGCCCGGGCCGACCUCGUCCUCGCCAUCGGCUACGACGAGGCCGAGUACGACUCCAGCCAGUGGAACCCGACCCCGGGCCGUUUUGAUAUUAUACACAUGGACUACCAACCCGCCAACGUGGGGCCCAACUACGAGCCCGCCGUCGAGCUCGUCGGCUCGCUCGUGGAGAACCUGCGCUCCCUGACGGCCCGCCUGGCCGACGCCGGCGUCGCGGUCGCCCGGCCGCAGGACACGGACGACGGCAGGCACAUCUUUGAGGACUUUCACGCGUGGGAGAGCAGCGAGAAGGCUGUCGGUCGUCCGGCCGAGGGGCCUGUGCAUCCGCUUCAGUUCAUCCGGACGCUGCAGGAUCUCAUUGCCCCCGAGUCGGUCGUGACGUGCGAUGUGGGCAGCGUGUACAUCUACAUGUGCAGGUACUUUUACUCGUAUACGCCCAAGACCUUUUUGGUCUCUAAUGCCCAACAAACCCUCGGCGUUGCGCUUCCAUGGGCCAUCGGCGCGUCGCUGUCGCAGGAUCCCCCCUGCUCCAAGAAGGUGGUGAGCAUAAGCGGCGACGGCGGCUUCCAGUUCAGCGGGCAGGAGCUCGCGACGGCGGUGCUGCAGGGCUGCAAGAUCGCGCACUUCAUCUGGAACGACAGCAAGUACAACAUGGUGGAGUUCCAGGAGGUGGACAAGUACGGCCGCAGCGCGGGCGUCGAGCUCGGCGGCGUCGACUUUGUCAAGUACGCCGAGGCCUACGGCGCCCUGGGCUUGCGGGCCAGGACCCCGGCCGAGCUGGAGGGGGUGGUGCGCGAGGCGCUGGCGCACGACGGCGUCUGCCUCGUCGACGUCGAGAUCGACUACUCGUCCAACCACGAGCUGAUGCAGCACGUCAUUGCUGAUAGUGUGGUGUGA